AUGGAUAGUGUAUUACAAGUUGAUAAAGGAAAAUUCAAAGUACCUGAAACCUCUUUACCUGAAAGAGAAGAAACAUUAUCAAAAAAAACUAUAUCAAAAGAAUAUUUUUCUGCUAAAUGUGAUUAUUGUCUAGCUAAAUGGGCAAGAUGUGAACUACAAAGACUCGAAGCUUAUCUUGCAUUCAAUUGCCCUAAUGCAGAUAAUGAGUUAAAUAAUCAAUCUAGUCUUAAAAGAUACUUUUCACAAACUGCAGAGGAAGAUUUAUCUGAAGAACGAAUUUAUUCUAUAAAUCAUUUAUUAUUAAAAGCAUUUACAGUCUGUGGUAUUCUAUUUUCUGCAAUUAAAAAACCCAUUUUUUAUUGA